GAUUCGCUGUGGAUUAAAGGCACAUCUUAAAACUGCGUACAGGAAAAUGAUGUUUACUCUGUGAAAUAAAUUGGACGGAAUAAUGCUGCCCGGCUGAGUGAAGUCUGUUUUUUUUUUUUUUUUAAAUCUUGUAUGUGCUUUUUUUUCUUGGCUGGAUUUUCUUCCUUCGGAUUCCUUUUUUCUUCUCUUUUUUUUCCUAUGUCAGAAGAAGAAAUGCUCUGAACACUGGAAAAGGCGAAGAGGAAAACUAUCCGAGGAUAUAGACCUGGGGCCUCAGCGGGCUUGAUUUAUCUGUCCACAACCAGUCGUGAAUGGCUAGCAUGGAGAUCGGCUGCGUGGAUAGGACGUGACCUGACGAAUAGCGUGUGGCGAAGAUGUUGCUUUGCCACGCAUAGCGCUCGAUGUGGGAGCCCUUGCCAUGCGAAGAACCACUGGACGUUUCGAGAGUUCUACGUUCCGAAGGUGCGACCUCUCGGUUUUGAGCGUGUCCAGUCAAAGGAUAUAGCGGAUAUAAAACCAGUGUCGGAGCUUGCAUCACUGUGGGGGAGGGGAGGGGAAUUAGCGAACUAUGCUCGGCCAGCUCGGUCGACCCUGGAGUGCCAUGCAGUCACGGCCGGAUAUGGGCGCUGGCCUGGAGCUGCCCUCCCUGCUGUGGGUGCUGGCCUUGGCGCUCCAGACUUGGGUGGGUGCUGCGGAGAAGCUGGACGAGUUGGACCCCGUGGUGACCACGGCAUACGGCAAGCUGAGGGGCUUCAAGAAAGAACUGAACAACGAGAUCCUGGGGCCCGUGAUCCAGUUCCUGGGCGUGCCCUACGCAGCACCUCCUACAGGGGAGAGGCGAUUUCAGCCCCCCGAGCCGCCCGUGCCCUGGCAAGACAUCCGCAACGCCACACACUUUGGCCCUGUGUGCCCACAAAGCGUUGUGGAGGGCAGGCUGCCUGAUGUCAUGUUGCCCGUAUGGUUCACCAAUGGCCUGGAGGUGGUUUCGACCUACGUGCAGGAGCAGAGCGAAGACUGCCUUUUCCUAAACAUUUACGUGCCCACAGAGGAUGACAUCCGUGAGAGUGGAAGUCCCAAGCCGGUGAUGGUUUUCAUCCAUGGCGGAUCUUAUAUGGAAGGCACAGGAAAUAUGUUUGAUGGCAGCAUCUUGGCCAGUUAUGGCAAUGUCAUUGUUAUAACCCUGAACUACCGGCUUGGUGUGCUAGGUUUUUUAAGCACAGGAGACCAGGCGGCCAAAGGCAACUAUGGGCUCUUAGAUCAGAUCCAGGCGCUGCGUUGGACUAGUGAAAACAUUGCCUUCUUUGGUGGUGACCCUUUACGCAUUACAGUUUUUGGAUCUGGGGCUGGGGCAUCUUGUGUGAACCUCCUCACGCUGUCCCAUUAUUCUGAAGGUAACCGCUGGAGCAAUUCGACCAAAGGCUUGUUCCAGAGAGCCAUAGCUCAGAGCGGCACGGCCCUGUCCAGCUGGGCAGUGAGUUUCCAACCAGCUAAAUACGCACGCAUGCUGGCCAGAAAGGUAGGAUGCGACUAUCACGACACAGUGGAACUGGUGGAGUGCUUGCAGAAGAAGGACUACAAGGAGCUGGUGGAGCAGGACAUCCAGCCUGCACGCUACCACAUUGCCUUUGGCCCAGUCAUUGAUGGUGACGUGAUCCCGGACGACCCGCAGAUUCUCAUGGAGCAGGGCGAGUUCCUCAAUUACGACAUUAUGCUGGGUGUGAACCAGGGUGAGGGUCUCAAGUUUGUUGAGCUGGUGGUGGAUGGAGACAGUGGUGUGCAGGCCAAUGACUUUGACUACGCUGUGUCCAGCUUCGUGGACGACCUAUACGGCUACCCUGAGGGCAAGGAUGUGCUGCGCGAGACCAUCAAGUUCAUGUACACGGAUUGGGCUGAUCGGCACAAUCCAGAGACCCGUCGGAAAACACUGCUGGCGCUCUUUACUGACCACCAGUGGGUAGCGCCUGCUGUGGCCACAGCUGACCUGCACUCCAGCUUCGGCUCGCCCACUUACUUUUAUGCUUUCUACCACCACUGCCAGACAGAGCAGGUGCCCGCGUGGGCGGAUGCAGCUCAUGGAGAUGAGAUCCCUUAUGUCUUUGGCCUGCCUAUGAUCGGCCCUACUGAGCUCUUUCCCUGCAACUUCUCCAAGAAUGAUGUGAUGCUCAGUGCUGUGGUCAUGACCUACUGGACCAACUUUGCUAAAACGGGUGACCCCAACCAACCAGUGCCGCAGGACACCAAGUUCAUCCACACCAAACCCAACCGCUUUGAGGAGGUAGCGUGGACGAGGUACAACCAGAAGGAGCAGCUGUAUCUGCACAUUGGCUUGAAACCACGUGUCAAGGAGCACUACCGUGCUAACAAGGUCAACCUGUGGCUCGAGCUUGUCCCGCACUUACACACCCUCAACGAGGUCACACAGGUUGUUUCAUCCACCAGCACCACCACCAAGGUGCCUGCACCAGACGAGACGCCACGGACUCCCAAGAAGAUGCCAGCCAACACCAAGAGGCCCUUUCCCACACCUCUCCCCACUGAGACACAGGAUGCAAACCAAAAUCAGAACCACAACCAACCGUUCCUGGUGGAGCAACGUGACUACUCUACCGAGCUGAGUGUCACCAUCGCUGUUGGAGCUUCUCUGCUCUUUCUCAACAUCCUGGCCUUCGCUGCACUCUACUACAAAAAGGACAAGCGGCGGCAUGAUGGGCAUCGGCGUGGAAGCCCUCAGCGCACCAAUGCCACCAGUCAACUGGCACCUGUACCUGACGAGGAGCUCAUGUCGCUGCAGAUGAAGCGUGGUGAGCUGGAGCGUGAGUGCCCACUUGUCUUGAGGAGCGGCUGUCCACCUGACUACACCUUAGCCAUGCGUCGCUCACCUGACGACGUACCUCUCAUGAGCGCCAACACCAUCACCGUCUUGCCCAGCACCAUGCCCAGCGCCCUCGGGCCGUUGCAUCCGUUCAACAGCUACGCAGGAGUGCAGCACAACAACACACUGCCCCACCCACAUCCCCAUUCGCACUCCACAACCAGAGUAUAGCCACACACGUGCACACAUGUACUCAAAGGAUUUUGAAUUUGGUGAAGCAUAUCUGUGCUAGCACCAUUUUGCAGAACAUGGAAUAAACCGUGGGGUUUCUUUUGUCUCCUUUCAGAGGAAAACUACCAUUUUAUAUUAGAAAUAUGAAAUGAGGAGAAAAUUGCGAAACAAUUUCAGAUUUAAUGAAAAAUAACAAACAGAGAUGGAUGAUUUUUUUUUAAAAUCCUGGUAUCAUAGACAAAGCCAGGCCUAUUUCCUGACAUAGAAGUAUCACUACAAGUUGGCUUGAAAGAAUGGUUUGAUUCAGUUACUGCUUUACAGAGGCUGUGGCAGAGCGUGCGCGUAGGAGGCCCUGUGUAAAUGAAAGAAAAUAUACAGUUUUCCAGAGGCACUCGAUUUUCGAGUACUCACUCUGGGGAGGACAGGAGAUGCUGCUUACUUAAUUUAGGCAUGUAUUCUCCUGUAGAUGGACGCAUUGUAAGAUACGGAAUAAAACAUUACUGGAAAACGAGGGGUGGACAAGAACUUCUCAAGAAUAUGCACAAUGUCUUGGAAUCUUUUUUUUUUUUGGUCAAUUUAUUUUUGGGAACAAUUUAAUUGUAUAGAAUCUAUUUACAUAUCUAGAUAUGUACGCAAAGCUGUUUAAGCUCCGACUCUGGGGCAUCAGUACUGGAGAAUCUGCCAGCAGUUCAUAUAGCAGGGUGGGAACGUGUCACUGGUUUUCUGGCUUCAUCACACAAGUGCUGUCUGUAUGGAGAACUGGAGGACAAAAAAAGGGAAGCUGGAUAUUUUUUAGCACGAAGCGCAUGACAAUUUAUCUGCUUGGUGGCUGUUCUGCUGAUUAAGUCUUUAUUAAUAAAAAAUAUUCCCCAUUGGAUCCGGUUGAGGAAAUACUGCUCCGAUUGGCUCACAAUUCUAACAAAAAUCGGAAUUUGUUGGCGCGGACAAAGGCAACGGUUCCCGGAAGGAGGUGGGAAACCUGAAAGGGGGGUUGGGGGUAGGGGGUGGGCAGGGAUAUGCUACAUAGAGUGCAUACACAAAUAGCUUGAGUGAACAUGGUUAUAAGGACUAGUUUUGUACAACGUGUCUUGGUAAAUCUUUUUAAUAGUGGUGAGUCACUUGCUGUUUGAGAUCCCAUUUAUGGGAUAAUCAUGGUGUUUUUUUUUUUCUUCUUUAAUUUGCUUGUUUGGGCUUGCUGUAUUACAUGAAUUUUAUUUAUUUUAAUUUAUUUUUAUUUUACCACGUUUACUUUAGAAAAAUAACCCACAUCAUUUUGCUAAUUUCUUUGCCAUACUUAUCAGGAAGUUCCCUGCAUAACAGAAGCCCCAAGAAAUGAAGUUGCCGGGAACCAUUCUGCAUAACUUUAGUUCUCCGGAAUGUGAUUGGUUGCAUUGAUUUUCUCUUGCUCGUGCCCCUUUAUUGAGUCCCCGCUGUAGCCCUACUUAAAGAUGAACGCUUAUAAAUUUCUCCCUGAUGCAGGGAGGCUCUGCUGACAGUGUAGGUUUGAAGGUCCUCUCAUCAUCUUUUGCCCAGAUCUGAUCACAGCAGGUGAUAGUGGUAGUGACGGGAAUAAAUAAAUAAAUAAAUAAAUAAAUAAAUGUUUAACUGAGUUGUCCUAGUAGAGGAUCAGUUUCCACAGUAUAUCACUCCAUCACUGGAAACUCCAUUAAAAUUUUCCCCAUGUUGAUUAGCAUGUCUGUCACUUUCAUUUUGGCCCUCCUUCAGUCAUUGCUCUCAUUCUUAUAUAGGCGUUAAAUUUUUUUUUUUUUUUUAACACAAGACUAACUGUUCUUCCAUGACUGAAAUUCUGCAUUCUGUCUACACAGGCAAUCAAUAUUCAGCACCUAUUCAGCUUCUCCACUUAAAGAGGUUAGAGCACUGUGGAGAAGUAACCUGUCAAACACAGGUCAAAUGGGGCUUUGCUUGAGUCUCUUUUGUCUCUCCAGAAUUCCUCCAUGCGUCUGUAUGAGUAGAAAAGGCUGACUCUUUGCAUCCUUCCUAAUACUCUUGAUUACUAGUAGUGGGCGGUAUGACAGCUGAUCCCUUAAAUCAGUUGUAGUUCUUAUUAAAGUACAGAUUUUGAAACCUUUUACAUAACAACACAUUACCCUAUAUUUACACUGGCAAGCGACAAUGCAACAAGCGACAGUUCGUUUUCUAUAUACAUGUGCGACACAGAGCUGCGAUUUCUGUAAGCAACAUUUGCAUUGAGAUUUUUUAAACUGUAUGCAAAUUAUGUACGAUGUGAUAAAGCGACUUAUCCAAACUUAUUGACUCAAAUGAUUUCCUGGACCAAUCCUGUGACACGUGUGGUCUGACUUUUCUUCAUUUCCCUAUUCAAACUUUAGUUCCCAUUUGCUGUUUGACCUGCAAAAAUGGAAGAAAUAUCUUAUAACCGUGGUUUCAUGUUAUCCUGUCAUAUACGACCUAUCAUGACAAAAAAUCGUACAAUUAUCAUACAAAGCUAGGACGAAGCCUGUCAUUGGUCAGUUAGUGAUCAAAUUCUUGAUGAGAUGUUAUAGAGACAAAAAUACUGUCAAAGUAUUUCAUAUUGAUGAGAAAGCUAAUAACCGUGCAGUCCUGCACUACGGCUGCACUGAAGGCUACUGCUGGUAAGAUCGUUAGCUUAAAUAAUCACUUUUAAUUAUUUUAAAGGGGUUAGUAGAAUGUACUAAUGUCCAUAUCGACAAAAUAGCAGGUACACAUCAUAUUAUAAACAGUGUUGUUAGCAUAGAAAUAAAUAAGGAAAAGACACAGCAUUGGACCUGCCUGCUGUGUUUUGAUUUGCUCUUGUGCCUAUUGCAAUCAACUCAGUAUCUUAAAAAUAACAACUGCUGUUUAUUUUUUAUAAACAAUAGCAAUGAAGCAGUGUUCAUGCAAUACUUGAGUAUUUUACUAAAUGGCAAAUAUAAAUUUAGUUUGGUCUGUCUUCACAUAUUCGACAUGAAAAUGGUUCAGUUUGGUUUUAUAAUUCGUUCGACAGGAAACCAAAGAA